CCGUACACCAUGGAAAUAUUCGUUUAUCGCGGAGAGUGGGGCCUUCCCUCCAUAGACUUCGAAUGUAGCCGGCUGCUGGCGUAUCUCAAAUUUUCCAACGCCAAAGUGACGAUUAAUUACAACGGUAAUCCGUUCAGCUCUCCAAAUGGCAUGCUACCGUACAUGAUUGCAGAUGGCAAGAAGAUCGCCGGGUAUGGGAGAAUUGUAGAGCAUUUGUCAGCAGCUGGAAUCUGUCCAUCGGCGGCAAGUUCCGGGAAAAUGGGAGAUGAUAACUAUGCCACCCACAUAAACGGAUACAUGCAGUACGUGCAGGAACAUUUGCAUCCAUAUUUCAUGUACAUGCUGUGGGGGGAUCCCAAAAAUGUCGACACUACGAGGACAGUGUAUGCAAAACGCAUUCCCAUUCCAUUCAAUUUCUACUGCCCGCGGAAGUACGUUCUACGGACGAACGAUAUCACGCAAUCGUUAAGCGGUUUUUCGUUGGAGGAUUCGAUUGAAUUUCAUGAAGUCUCCGAAUUUGCACAUAAUGCCAAAACCUGUCUCAAUUUGAUCGCGACGAAGUUCGAAGAAAACCGUUGGUUCGUUGCCGACCGUCCCACAGAGAUCGAUGCAAUGCUGUACGGUUACCUAUCCGUUCUAUCAAAACUAUCCCUUCCGAAUAACGUGUUGCAGAACCACAUUCGUCAAUGUCCGAAGCUGGUGCAGUUCGUAGAUCGCACGACGACAACGUACUUCUCAAAGGAAGGCUUUAAUAGUUUUACGACGACUGGCAAUGGUCAGCAGAAAAAUGCAACCGGCAGUCCAAAUGAUUCCAACUCCUCCUCCUCGUCCUCCUCAUCCGGUGGCGCAAAGUCGGACCAAAGUUCGAACAAGCAGGAGUUCCACACCGGCCAACAGCAAGACGCAGACGACGGGCCGAAGGAAAGGCGAAAGCGGUACAUUAUUUCCGGAUUGGUUGCAACGGUAGCUAUGGUUGGGUUUGCCGUACUGAAUGGUAUUUUAACGCUUCCUUAUGAAGACACUCAUGGACAUUUCAUCCAAUAUGAUGACCCAGGUGACUACGAGGAUGAUAAUUAAUUUAAACUAUGUUUUACACUGCCUUUGUUAUGCCUGCCGGGUACUAGUAUCAUUUCAAUAACGAUUGAAAUACACGUUCGGUGGAAGAGCGCACUAAGUCCUAGGGUUAUCUGCUC